CACAGCCUUGCGCCCCGGGCGCGGCUCGGCCUCGGGCGCUGCCUAGUGCCGCCGGUCGCCCCCCGCCGCAGUGGGCGCCAUGGCGCUGCCCGGGGCCCGGGCCCGCGGCUGGGCGGCAGCGGCCAAGAUGGCCCAGAGGCGCCGCCGCGCGGAGGGCGCAUCCCCGAGCCGUGCACCCCGGAGCCAGCGCGCGGCGCUGUACGUCCACUGGCCGUACUGUGAGAAGCGCUGCUCUUACUGCAACUUCAACAAGUACAUCCCCCGCGGCGUGGAGGAGGCGGCUAUGCGGAGCUGUCUGGUGACCGAGGCUCAGACGCUGCUGCAGCUCAGCGGGGUGCGGCGGGUGGACUCUGUGUUCUUUGGUGGGGGCACCCCCAGUUUGGCCAGUCCCCACACUGUGGCUGCUGUGCUGGAGGCAGUGGCCCAGGCAGCCCACCUGCCUGCAGACUCAGAAGUCACAUUGGAGGUCAACCCGACUUCGGCCCCAGGCUCCAGGCUGGCAGCCUUCAGGGCAGCAGGAGUCAACAGGUUGUCCAUUGGCCUCCAGUCCUUGGAUGACACUGAGCUCCGGCUGCUGGGGCGGACACACUCGGCCAACGAUGCUCUGCGGACGCUGGCGGAGGCCCGGCACCUCUUCCCCGGGCGUGUGUCUGUGGACCUGAUGCUGGGGCUGCCGGCGCAGCAGGUGGGGCCGUGGCUUGGGCAGCUGCGGGAACUGCUUCGCCACUGUGACGACCACAUCUCCCUCUACCAGCUGUCCCUGGAGCGGGGCACCGCACUCUUCACCCAGGUGCAGCAGGGCACCCUUCCUGCCCCUGACCCCGAGCUAGCUGCUGAGAUGUACCAGGAGGGACGGGCAGUCCUUCGGGAGGCUGGCUUCCGCCAGUACGAGGUCUCCAACUUUGCCCGGAAUGGGGCGCUGAGCACCCACAAUUGGACUUACUGGCAGUGCGGGCAGUACAUUGGCGUCGGGCCUGGGGCCCAUGGGCGAUUUAUGCCCCAGGGGGUCGGAGGCCACAUCCGGGAGGCUCGGAUCCAGACCCUGGAGCCUGACAACUGGAUGAAGGAAGUGAUGCUGUUUGGUCAUGGCACCCGGAAGCGUGUCCCCCUGGGCGAGCUGGAGCUGCUGGAGGAAGUUUUGGCCAUGGGGCUACGCACAGACGUGGGGAUCACUCACCAACACUGGCAGCAGUUUGAGCCCCAGCUGACCCUUUGGGACGUGUUUGGAGCAAGCACAGAGGUGAAGGUGCUGCUGGAGCAGGGCCUCUUGCUGCUGGAUCACAGGGGCCUUCGGUGUUCCUGGGAGGGUCUGGCUGUGCUGGACUCUCUGUUGCUGACCCUUCUUCCUCGACUCCAAGAGUCCUGGCUGCAGAGCACCUCCUCCCCUGUGCCCAGAGGAUGACCCAAUGUUCCUGUAUCCUGAGACAACACCAGGCAAAAUCCUGACCUCUUUCUGGCCCCUCUGCCCUGCUGGGUAGCUUGGACUUGGUGCCUGUAUUUUCCGUCCUGAAGAUGCUCUAACAGAGAGAACCCACGUGUCCCAUCUCCAUGAGACCAUCCACUUCCUGGGACAGACCUGCUUGUGGCAAAGAAAAGGACUUUAAGUAAUAGGAUUGCUAUAGACCGAAUGUUUGUGUGUCCCCCAGAAUUCAUAUGUGGAAAUCUCAUCCCCAGGGGGAUGGUAUUUGGAGGUGGAGCUUUGGGAUGUGACUGGGUCGUGAGGAGGGACCCCUCGUAAAUGGGAUUAGUGCCCCUAUAAAAGAGACUUCACAGAACUCCCUCGCCCCUUCUACCACAUGAGGACACAGAUAGAAGACAGACAUCUAUGAACUGUGAGGCUGGCUCUCAUCAGACACGAGAUCUGCUGGCACCUUGAUCUUAGACCUCCCAGCCUCCAAAACUGAGAGAAAUAAAUAUUUGUAGUUUAAGCCA